AUGUCAGAGACUAGGGGGAUGGGCUAUCAGAAUGGUCAGUCAAUGAGCGAGACAUCCAAAUCUCUCCACAUAGACACCUCUUCUGUUGAAUACGACUAUCUAUCAAGAUCUCCUUUGCUCGAACAUGAUCACGGACUGAGCUCGUCUGGCUUGCCUCGUAUACGGCAGUCAUCGAGAGCUCCUUCUCUUCCCUUUGCCUUAGCCUCUUCGUCCACGAUACAGCCUCUUUCACAGUCCCAGACAAAGAACAGCAGACCAUCGAUACAGUCCUCUGCAUAUUCCUCGGACGGCACAGUUUCGCCCGGAGUCGAAGACCUUUAUCGCUUUCCGUCUGAGUCUCUGCACUCUUUCUCGUUCGCCAAGCAGUCUGACGAUCUAUUAAACAACCGCCAUAACCUCCUGAAGCGCUCCAUAGAUUUCCUCAAGGAUAGAAUUGGGCUGGCGGCAAACGACUCGAGCCAGGGCGAUGGCCAGGCCCAGAUGAGCGAUGAAAAUGAAAUACAGUGGAUGAUGGAUAUACUGUCUCGGUCAAACCUCUUGGGAAGCUAUGACGUCGCUAACCCUGCUGUUGGACCGGCAACUGGCCCGCCAGCCGUAGAGGGCGGAGGAAAUAUCUUUGACCGUGCAUUCGGGGCGUACCAGACAUACAGUCCUGCGGAUAUCAGAUCCCCGCAGGAUAGGUUUGCAAACAAGGAGCAACAUUUGAGCCCGGUGACUUUGGACAGAGCUAUGCCUCGUCCCAGGGGUAGAAAAUCGGCCCCUUCCUCAAGGCGAGUGAGCUUGAAGAGAACGUUUACGGAUAUCGGAUCCUUGUCGCAGCAGAACAAGCCUAUGGGAAUGCUGACUGAGCCGUACUCCGCUGUUGAAUUUCCUUCUAACCGGAGUACCUCGUCCUUUGGAUUCGGCUGCAUGACUCCCACCAUGCAUGUACACAGCGGCAAAUCAUCGCUUCCCACCCAAGCUGUGUUCACCACCGAAACAAAGCCCAAAUGGACAGUACUGGCAGCCAAUGAUCUUGCAUGCCUUAUAUUUGGAGUAACCCAGAGUGAAUUCAGGAAGAUAAGCAUUCUAGACUUGAUUCAGAGAGAAAGACGAGAAUGGUUGGCAUCGAAGCUUCAAGGCACACAGGUCGUGACGCCCGAACCAGAAUAUCGACAGGAAGAGGUGCCUCGCAAAUCGUCGCACUUCAAACCAUUUGGCAUGGGAAAUGGUGUGACUGCGCAGCUACUGAGCAAACCACCAGCCCGAGUUACACGAAAAGCGAAUGCCCUGAAUUAUUCUACCCCUUCAAGCUCUGCAAGCGACAGCGGCAACGGCAACAAACAGCCCAAGAACCCCAACCACUCGUCCAAGAAAUCGCGCGGAGUGUUACUCUGUGGAGAUGUCGUACCAAUCCAGAAGAGAAAUGGCACAACAGGUUCUGCAAGCCUGUGGGUGAUGGAAAAGAAGGGUGGACUGAUCUGGGUAGUGGAGGAGAUCACUGAGCAUGCCGUCACUAUCGAAUUCGACGAUAGGGGAAGAGUUAUGAGUGCAAACGGCGAUACUGAGCAGAUAUGGGACAGGAUUUCCGUUCAAAGGGGCACUUCAAUAUUCGAUCUCUUGCCCAAUGUGCCUGAACGGUUCCCUACUGGCUCCGGAAAGCCUGAUUUCUCAAAGAUAAAUGAACAAAGACACUUCACUGCUUCAGGUCUCCAGGAGGAUAGCAGUAUACCGCUUACCUUGACGCCCCUAUCUAAACACCUAGCCCUACGGAUCUCCUGCUUCCCUCAUAUUGCUGGUAUGAUGGUCCUAUGCGCCAAAACCCUCAAGAUUAUCAGCGCCAAUUCAGCAUUCACUGCCACAUUGUUCGGUAACCUCCACACAGAAGGUUCCCAGGUUACAGACUUGUUACCAGAUUUCGAUGAGUUUCUCAGAAUUUUAACGGAAGAGGACGAUGCCCCUCUUGUUGAUGGAGUGGUCAUCUCAGAGCACAGCUUCCGAAGGGCCAGGGCAUUAUUCUUAAUGCGACAUAGCGAGUCAAAGCUGACCAUGACGGACCUGCGACCUGCAGGUCUACAGGCUUGUCAUAAGGACGGUUCGAAGCUCACUGUCGAUGUGCAGAUGCGCGUGGUUAAAAGCAAAUCUGCAUUGCCAGAAAAUAGCAAACCCGCUGGAGUUGACCAGGAUAAGCCACCAAAAUGUGAGAACGGCAGGGCUGCCUGUACUACGGAGGAUGUGUUUGCGCUAUGGAUAUCGUAUUCUAGACAACUCCAUUCUCCUAUGGAGGACGACCUGCUCUCUCUACCCAACAAGGCGAGGAAACUCUCUGAUAUUCCACCGAUAUCUCCAGGCCAAGUGUCGCCUGUCUUACCGCCGCAGAGGAUACCUCAGGUCGAGUCGUCGCUGGGAGAGCCCUUAACUCAUUCUUCUCUCUUAGCUCAACAGUUGACAGAAGCUGCAUCCGAGCCUCUAGUUUCCCAGCCAGUCCAACAUGUGGCCGAAGUCAGAGUAGCAGUGCCUGAGAAUGACGAGGUCCCGACUAAGAAGAGCAUAUCUGACUAUGUGAUUCUGGAAGAUAUGGGAGAAGGCGCAUAUGGACAAGUGAAGCUCACCCGAUCCAGACGAGACCCUUCGAAAAAAGUGGUUCUUAAAUACGUAACCAAGAACCGAAUCCUAGUCGACACAUGGACACGCGACAGAGUCCUGGGGACCGUUCCCCUAGAAAUUCAUGUUUUGAACUUCCUCCGCCGUGAAGGCAACCGCCAUCCCAACAUUGUCGAAAUGGAGGGUUUCUUUGAAGACGAUGUUAACUACUAUAUCGAAAUGGUCCCGCAUGGUCUCCCAGGCAUGGAUCUGUUCGACUAUGUUGAACUCCGUGCGAACAUGGAACAAGACGAAUGCCGAAAUAUCUUCCACCAGGUCGCAAGUGCGAUUGACCACCUGCACAAUAAAGCAUCAGUCGUCCACCGAGACAUCAAAGAUGAGAACGUCAUCCUAGACGGAGAGGGGAGGAUCAAGUUAAUCGACUUUGGCAGCGCAGCGUAUAUACGCAGUGGUCCGUUUGACGUCUUUGUUGGGACUAUAGACUACGCCGCCCCCGAAGUGCUACAAGGGAAGCCCUAUCUCGGCAAGGAACAGGAUGUCUGGGCUCUAGGAAUCCUCCUAUACACAAUAAUCUACAAGGAAAAUCCGUUCUACAACAUCAACGAAAUCAUGGACCAUCCGUUGCGUGUCCCCUUCCUACCAUUCACUGACGACUGCCUUGACCUGAUCCGUAGGAUGCUGGAUCGGAACGUGCAGACGAGGAUAUCCAUUACAGAAGUGAUGAAGCAUCCAUGGAUGAGGCUGGCUGCGAACGGCAACGGCAAUGUCAAAACAACCUAA